UGCUCAAUGGUUGUUAGGCUGGUGGCAUUGCUCGGUUGUAUACGACUUUGGUUGUAUACGACCUCGAGAAGCGUGUCAUUGCUCGUCAGAUUUGGUUGCACGACUUUUUUCGGUUUGACAUUUGGAUGUAAACAAACAAAGAAGGCAUAAACACAAAUAAAUCAGGUUCGCGAGUUAUCCGUUUCGACAAAAUAAGCGAGUUCAUCGUUUUUAACGAAAAAAGAAAAUUAAAUAAUGGAUUCUGAUACUGAACAAAAGAUUUUACGGAGUACGAGCCUCGCCUUGCGUUACUUAUUGUUGCAAAAACAAAGGCGGAAUGAAGUCAACAGUAUAUUUAAGGAUCGCAAGCUAAACGGGCAAUACUACGUGUUGUUUCCAAAACUUCAACAAGACGAACAGAAGUUUUUCGAAUAUAUGAGGAUGUCAAAAAGAACAUUUGACUACAUUUUGGGAAAGAUAGAACAUCUCAUCACAAAACAGCCCACACACGUUCCAUACAUUAGUCCAGAGGAGAGAUUAAUGGUGACUCUCAGAUUUUUAUCAACUGGAAUCCCCUUCAAGUCAUUAUCGUUCAGCUUUUGUAUGGCUCAUAAUACAAUUGGAAACAUUAUUUAUGAGACAUGUGAUGCGAUUUGGAACACACUCAACUCAGAAUUUAUUCCGCUUCCGACGACGUCUGCAUUUGAGAGAGUGGAAAAAGAAUUUUUGGACCAGUGGAAUUUUCCUAACUGUCUUGGGGCCAUUGAUGGAAAACAUGUGCGGAUUAAGGCUCCCGCCAAAUCUGGAACACAAUAUUUUAAUUACAAGAAAUAUUUUUCUUUGCAUUUGCAAGGUGUUGCAGAUGCUAACUGCAAAUUUAUUUGCGUAGAUAUAGGAGAAUACGGAAGCCGCUGUGAUAGUGGUGUAUUUAAUUCAUCCACAUUGUAUGAACUCAUACGUUCUAAUCGUUUGAAUAUCCCGGCUCCCAAACCUCUUCCGGGGACUACGCGAAGCUUACCUUAUGUCUUCAUCGGCGACCAGGGUUACCCUCUGAAGAACUUUUUGCUGCGCCCCUACCCAGACAACAAUGCAGAUGCUGCAAAAUUGCAUUUCAACGAGAGGCUCUCCAUUGCAAGGCGAUGCGUAGAAUGCGCUUUCGGAAUACUUGUAGCAAAAUGGCGGUUCUUAAAAACCGAACUACAAAUAACACCGGACCACGCUACAGUAUUAGUGAAAGCAGCAUGCUUGUUGCAUAAUUUAUGCAUUGAUUUUAGAGAGACUGUUACAACUCCUGGUGAUUCAAAUUCAGGUUCCGUAAAUUGCAAUUCUAACGCAAGAUAUAGGGCGAAUAAUCAUGCCUCUCGUGAGGCAACAGAAAUUAGAGACAGUUUCAAGGACUAUUUUUGUAGUAGACAUGAAUAAUUUCAUAAAUGGUUUGUAAAAUAAAUAGAUUUCACAAUCUUUAGGCAAUUCGACUGCUUUAAUCGA